AUGGUGAGCGCUUCAGAAGCGCUGCGCAUCUCCGUCCGCGAUGGAAUCCUUGAAAGAAAACGACGUGCAGGCUACUGGACGAAGCGGCAAUUCGUGCUCACGCCUACACAUUUAAUGUAUUUUGAGUCGUUAGAAGCCAAAGAGCCGGCAAACUCUUUUGCGACCAUGGAGAUCGUUUCUAUUCAAAAAAAUUCUAAUGACUCACAGCAGCGAGUUUUUACGCUCGUGCUGUAUAGGAAGAAGAAAGAAUACAGAGCUAAGAGCACAGAAGAUCGAGAUGCAUGGAUAGAAGCUUUAGAUUCAGUAUCAGGUAUGAAGGGAACCGGAUCUAGCUCUGUACCACUAAAGAAAAAAGAGACUUUGACUCUGGAUGAGCGUAUGACGACCGACGAGAUGCAAAAUGAUAGCAAAGGAGAUCAACAGAGUAGCAGCAGUAUCCACGAUAUCAAAGACGUGGAUCUUCGAGCUUUGAACGAGCAAAUGAAGAAAUAUUUCUCACGGCAAUUCCAGAUUAGCAAAUCCGUUUCGUCAAAAGAUGUGGCUGCAUUUGUUAAAAAAUCGAUGCCGUAUCUAUUGACUGCACAGAUUCAGGAGAUCGGACAAGCUCUCAUCGACCUUAAGCUAAUUAUACCAUUUAAAUCGCACGUUUUCGACGUUGCGGACUCCGAAAGGUAUAAAUUUAUGGAGGAUGCAGUGAUAAAGCAACCCAAGAACCUUUCAAACAUGCAAGGGUCAUCGAUCGCAAUUCUUAUGGGCAAUGAUCGAUUUAGCGCAAAGAAGUAUGCAGAGGAUUUUUUGCGAAAACAUUCGCCGUUAAAGAUUGACGCGCACUGCAAUAAGCUCGUUGCUCAAAAAGAUAGCACAAUUGAAGAUUUAAAGGAAAAAAUUAGUGCAAAUUACACCUCGUUCAUCUGCGCAGCAGAUGAAAUCCAAAGUAUGGAAAAUAGUGUGUCUCAGCUCAAGACGCUGGUUCUGGAAUGUCGAAGAAGCAUGUCUACUCUCAAAGGGGUCACUUUGGAUCCUCCGCCUGAAAUCAAAACACAUUCAGACUUCGGGGCGCUAGACAAGAAAGCAGAAGCUUGGAAGCAGACUUUGGCGCUUGAUGAGUUUAUAUACGAUCUCGAGGUAUAUCUUAAUGAAAGAAACUACGAGCAGUUCACAAAGCAAAUGCUCAAGUACAAGCAAAAUGAGACGCAAGGAAUUGCGACUGCUCCGGAUGCGCAACAAGAAAAGAUUGACAGGCUUCGACAGUUACUGGUUACAAAAUUGGUCGAAGAGUUUAAUGCUUCGUUACAGACGUCAGAGCGCAUGCACAAGAAAGAGAAUCACCUGGAAUUGUUAAUUAAGCUAGGUAAAACGCAGCUAGCGACUAACAUGUGCUUGCAACACUAUUCCGUUCGAAUUGCACUUCAACUACGACACGUGCCUUCUUAUGGAAAUGCUUUAAACUACGUUAUCAAUUUCGCAAGAACUUUCUUCACGUCACUCUUGGCGUGUUACGAAGAUUUCGAGCAGAGCUUUCGUGGACAGACUAGUUCUCACUUUACAUCCUUAACUGUUUGGAUUUCCGCACAGCUUGAGCAUUUUGCGAGUGAAGUUACCUACCAUAUAUUUCCGGAUGAUCCGGAUGCGUCUCAGUUACGAUGCACGGCUGCUUCAGAUGGACCCUCUACAUCAGCAAGCUGUGUGGCGAUUGACAUCUCCGAGUUUAAGAGUGUUGCAAAGUAUGUAUCAAGUGCGCUUCGAUACGUUUUUUAUGGUGCUCGACAAUUAGAAUUGGCAGGAUUACCUACUGCUCACUAUUUAGCCCCGUACUUAGCUCGAGGGCUCGUUUCUUUUUUCAGGAGCUAUUGUGUCGCUAUCAAUAACACAGUACGAGAAGAGAUCAAGCGCGAGCGAUGGGAAAUGACGUCACGGAUGAUUCGCGAUCCUGAGAACAAAGCGGAGCGAGAAAUCGUUUUGACACAGAGCGCACGAUCUCUUUAUACGCUCGUGCAGCAAUUUCUUCGUGAUGCACAGCGCGUGAUGAAUCCCUCUUGUGCUACUUCAAAUCUUGCAGAGGUUCAUCAAGUUGUAGUUUGGGAGACCAAGGAGCUGCUUGUACGAUAUUGUUUUGAAACACUCCAAUUCUUAGAAACACCCAAAUUUUCAUCGUCGUUGCGACCUAAACAAAUCAUUGGUAUUCUCACGAACAUUGCCUAUAUCCAAGAUGACUGUGCCGCUCGGUCCUCAAAUAUUCUACGAGAAUUCCUACCUAAAAUUGCUUUUCAAACUCGAGAUUUUGAAAAUCAUAUCGCAACUCUGUGGGAUAGAUUAAUCACGGUUGGAGUGAAGCGAUAUGCUCAAGCACAAAUGAAAAUGUCUUUAUGCUGGCAUGAUCUAGAACUUUUUGAUGAAGCUCUCCCGGACAUUUCUGGCACUGUCAUGUGCUCAAUGUUUGCCCAUGUGGUAUCAAAAGAACUUGCGGACGUCUUCACAAACAACCAGCUAAACAAGGCCAUUCGGAAUAGUUGCGAUACUGCCAUAAAGAAAGUUGGUUUGAAUGGCAAUGACAGAGAAGAGCACGAGUCUUUUGUUGUCAUGUCCUUAUGUGCAUUACUCUGCGAAAUGCUUGAUGACGAGCCAUGGUGGCGUGACUUUGUUAUGAAAGGAGGGGCAUCACGGAGACGAUUGGGCUACGGGGGCUUGAACAAGUUUCUAGCAGAAAUCCAUGCUCUUCAACGUAUUGUGCCAACAGACAAGCGCGUAGUCGAGCUGACGGGAAAAGUUGAUGCCAAAAUGGUAGAACUUUAUCAACAACUUUAUCCUGAGCGGAAAGAUGUGCGUGCACCAGCACAAUGGACUCAAGCCUUUGCUAGCCAAUGCAUUGCUGCAGCAAUCCCAUCAACAGAGUAA